AGGACCUUAUAUCCGUAUAUCGAAAUAGGGCCAAGGUACACCUGCAGGAAACGAUGCCGAACAAGAUCACCCAUCUUCAAGCGAUGAUCGCGUUAGAGAGCAAUCCAGAAUCAGCUUUAUGGCCCGGUCAUGUUGAACAUUUCGAACCGAAGCAAGCACAGCCUGACCAUGAGGCCAAACACCAGAUGGUAAUGCCGGACGAUGUCGUCUCUAGCAAGCACAGCAGCAUUGAUUCAUUGGGUGACGACGUACUUGAUGAUGACCCUCGGAAUGGUGUUCGGGUUGGUCCUCAUUGGUUUGAGGUCGUCCCUCAGAACGACGUUCAGAAGCGGCUGAUUGCGCUUUCUCUCAAGUAUGGCAUUGAGCACCUACAAAUACUGACGUCGUCAGAGAGCACGAAGACCUGCAUAUGAUUGUGCAAGAUCUCAGGGUCUGGCUAGAGCUAGAGAUCCCCCUGAUUGAAGACGGCAACUCAUUUGGUGCGGAUGUGCAGAGCCACCUCCUCCGAGAACUUACGGAGGCAUACAAACGAUCGAAUGGAUUCCAGAAUGGCGCCAGGACUCACUACUUGGACCGGCUGAAGUUGACUCAAGAUUGGGUCAAGUAUCCUAACCUCAUGGACUUCCCGGCCGCUAUCGCUGCAUCGGACCGGUUCGAUCAUGUCCUCUUACGUUCCUACUUUCGUUCGAUUCUCACGAUCUACGGAGGUCUGUUGACCAAGUUUGAGCGAAACUGGGAAAAGGUCGUCAAUCCCAAAGGUGGAUCGUACCGGGGAGGCAUGUACUAAGGUGGAAGGAAGCUGUGAUUCAUGC